UGUUUGCAUGGUCCGCUUGCUGCUGUCUUAUAAAACCCUGCUUGGACUGCUCGGGCCUGUGCGCUCCUCCGGCCCCAACGCUGCGGCCUGUCGCUUGUGGUCCAUCACCGAGCAUCACUCUCCCGGUCGGGGGCCGCACUAACGAGCCGCCGCCUCCUCCUCUUUGUUUUUUUGGAGGGGAUUUCACCCCGGGGCGCACUGACCACCCGACACCACCGAGGAUUAUUAGCAUGCAGCCGAAGAGGGUAAAAGCAGCCGACGUUAGAGGAUAUCAGGGCGGUUGGCUCCUAAAGAGAGAGGUGCCAAUCACGCAUGGAGAUGCGCUGAGGACAUCAGCUGGAGGAAGCGCCCCUGAAAGCACUUUCUCUGUGGAAACCUGGGAGCCCUCGGCUACUAAUGACGGUCACCUACACCGCCAGAGUCGCAAAUGCCCGAUUCUGUGGCUUUUCCAAACUGCUCUUGGCCUGGAAAGGCAGCAUCUACAAGGUGCUUUACAAAGAGUUCCUGGCUUUCUUUGCUAUGUAUACAGCCAUCAGCAUCACUUACAGAUUUUUCCUCUAUGAUGACCAGAAGAGGUAUUUUGAAAAGCUGGCAAUUUACUGCAACCACUAUGCCAGUCUCAUCCCCAUGUCCUUUGUACUGGGUUUCUAUGUGACCCUGGUGGUGAAUCGCUGGUGGAAUCAGUACACCAGCAUCCCGCUGCCUGACAGACUCAUGUGCGUCCUGUCUGGGGGUCUCCAGGGGAAUGAUGAGCGAGGGCGCUUGUUGAGACGAACCAUGAUGCGCUACGCCAGCCUCUCGGCGCUGCUCAUCCUCCGCUCUGUCAGCACCGCCGUCUUCAAACGAUUCCCCACCGUGGAUCACGUGGUGGAGGCUGGAUUUAUGACAAGAGAGGAGCGAAAGAAGUUUGAAGGUCUCCAUUCUCCUUACAACAAAUACUGGAUCCCAUGCGUUUGGUUCACCAAUCUGGCUGCUGUGGCUCGCUGUGAGGGGAGAAUCAAAGAUGAUCACACACUCAAGCUUCUCCUGCAGGAACUGAAUGGUUUCAGAGGGAAGUGCAGUAUGCUGUUUCAUUACGACAUGAUCAGUGUGCCCCUCGUGUACACUCAGGUGGUGACUUUGGCAGUGUACAGUUUCUUCUUGGUAUGUCUGAUUGGCCGUCAGUUCCUGGACCCCAGUCAGGGUUACCCGGGUCAUGACCUGGAUCUCUACGUGCCCAUCUUCACACUGCUGCAGUUCUUCUUUUAUGCAGGGUGGCUUAAGGUUGCAGAGCAGCUGAUCAACCCUUUUGGAGAAGAUGAUGAUGAUUUUGAGACCAACUGGCUGAUCGACAGAAACUUCCAGGUGUCCAUGAUGGCCGUGGAUGAGAUGUACGGAGAUCUGCCGAUGAUGGAGCGAGACCGUUACUGGAAUGACUCCAAUCCCCGACCACCCUACACGGCAGCUACACUUUUUGUCCUCCGUAAACCCUCCUUUCAGGGGUCCACCUUUGACAUGGCGAUCCCAAAGGAGGAGAUGCACUUCCAACCAUUGGAGGACAUUGCUGAGAAUCUGGAGGAAUCCGGCACUCGCCACCCCAACAUGGCUCUCUUUAACCGCCUCCUCAAUGCGGCCCCGUCUCCAACUAUCUUCAUGGGAGGAGCUCUUCGCCGAACCUCGGCUCAGCUUCAGAGGCUGUACCAUUCACCGAGCACUGACCGAUGCACCAGCAAUGACGAGGAGGACGAUGAGGAGAGAAGUUGUCAAAUUGGUAAAGGAGGGUCGCUGCCAUCUGGGCUGGGCCAGGACAACCAGAGCACCGUGUGUAGCUUCAGGGAGGAGAGGAGUACCAGGACGCCUCUGGUGGAUGUUCAGUUUGGGGAGGAGCAGGAAAGUCGAGGAGGAAACUUCUCAGCCAGUGAGGUUAAAGGGAUUCAGAGGGAUGAAGAAGGAGCUAAAGCAGAGCCAGAGGAGACUUCCAGAGCUCCGGUGUCAUUGCCUUCUCCUCCAACUCAGUCCUGCAGAGAGAUAUCUACUCUACCUGCCUCCGCCAUGCCUGUCAUGUCCCACCAACUUUCUGCUUUCCUGUUUCCCCAGACAGCCCAAUCCAGUCUGGAGCACUGCAGCUCCCAGCCAGCAAUCAGCCAUCCCACGGCUAUGCUCAGCAUUCCCAAACCACCAUCCACUGGGAACAAAAUGUCCCUCCUCACCGUGCCAUCUUAUAUCGAGCCUCAGCGUUUCCGCAGUGUGAGCAUGGGGUCAGAGUUUACAGGGUCCUGAAGUCAACAAACAAGCUGUGAUGUUCCCACAAACCAUUGGUUACAUGAACCCACAAAACAAAUCACUGAAGUGGGAUUUAUUUUUACUCCUGAUUGCUCCUGUAGGACCACGUAGUUGUAAGUGAAAUAAAUCAAAUAUACAA